AUGAAGAUCUUCCACGUUCCUUGUCUACAAGACAACUACUCCUAUCUGAUAAUCGAUGAGAGCACCGGAGACGCGGCGGUUGUGGAUCCAGUUGAUCCCGAGAAGGUGAUCAAAUCGGCUGAGCAGCACCGUUCCAAUAUCAAGUUCGUACUCACAACGCAUCAUCACUGGGAUCAUGCCGGUGGGAACGAGAAGAUGAAGCAGUUGGUGCCUGGAAUCAAAGUCUAUGGAGGUUCUCUGGAUAAGGUGAAGGGAUGCACCGAUGCGUUAGAUAAUGGUGACAAGUUGUCUUUGGGUCAUGGUGUUGACAUCUUAGCUCUCCACACCCCUUGUCACACCAAGGGUCACAUUAGUUAUUACGUGACCAGUAAAGAUGGAGAAAAUCCAAGCGUGUUCACCGGAGAUACACUGUUUGUUGCUGGAUGUGGAAAGUUUUUUGAAGGCACAGCUGAACAGAUGCAUCAGUCGUUGUGUGUGACUCUGGCUUCAUUACCUAAACCGACACAGGUUUACUGCGGCCACGAGUACACGGUGAAGAACUUGGAAUUUGCUCUAACUGUGGAACCAAACAACGAUAAGAUACAGCAGAAGUUAUCAUGGGCCCGUCAACAGCGCCAAGCAAAUCUUCCCACAAUCCCUUCAACACUAGAGGAAGAGCUCGAAACAAACCCGUUCAUGCGCGUUGACAAUCCAGAGUUACAGGAGAAACUCGGCUGCAAAUCUCCGAUUGAUACACUCAGGGAACUUAGGAACAAGAAGGAUCAGUGGAGAGGAUGA